AUGGAAGAUGCACCAACAGAAUCUCGAGGUCAAGCCUUCAUCGCUGCCAUCAUUUCCGCGGCUUUUGUCCUCAUUUUUGCCGUUGGAAUGGUGAAUUUUAAGGUAACGACGCGGUUGGAGAAGAAUUUCACCGCAAUCCGUUCGGCGGCUGAUGCUCAAUUGGCUGAAAGAAUGUGGAGGGAGCAGAAGACGAACAAUAGCAUUGUUGAUAUCGUCGCUGACGCGUUGGAGGCGCAUUAUAACAAUAUUUAUACGGCCUACCACACGGUCCAUUAUUCGGAACCGAAAAAGGAUUUUGUCUACAUUCUAAACAUGAUCACUACUACGGGAGACCCUCGUGAAGAUACGGCAGCCGCUUGGGCAUCAGUGUGCUACCUUCUCCCCUCGGUCCUUGUCGUGGCCUAUUGCUACGUAAUGACGGCUGCCGUCGUAGCUAGAGGCGUUAAAAGCUUCUUUGAAAUCUCCCAUCCGGCCUCGGACUACUCGAUGAACUACGAUCCAGUACUCGAAUUCGGGCAGCCAAUGGAUGGAUUCGAGAAUCCGAAUAGUUUCAAGCCCCGCGUCUUCACCGGCGCCUCCCCAAAGAUCUCGCCCCUCUUGGGAGAGCUGGAUCUUUUCGCUGCCGAGGCCAAGGAGGAGACGACGCCUAGUGUGGCGUUCGUGUUCGUGCUGUGUAUGUAUGUGGCUGCUGGGAGCACGCUGAUCGCUCUCUACAAGGGGAUCGACUAUUUUACGGCCUUCGUCGCGUUCGUCCGGUUCAUCUCCUUCUUCGAACCGAUCACCGUGUUGGACAGCCUGGGAGGAUAUUUGGUGUUGAUCGUGUGCUAUUGUGGACAGAUGUUAUUCGUGUGUUGUGUGGUUGAACAGGGUCGUGGCAUCGAGACAUUCCUCGGAGAAGCCCUUUUCAAUCGAGGAAAAACUGGCCGUAAACACCAUGAUCCCCUCCAUAUUGAUGAUGCAUCACUCGCCGAUCGGCAUCAU